AUGUAUCAGUGUCCUGGCUCUACCACAGUGUCCCCACUUUCCAUCCUGGAGAGGUACGUUAACAGGCUCUUCAGGAGAAUGAAGCCUCUGAGCAGCCGGACCCGACUGUCCCCAUCCAGCCUGAAGCUCGGAACCUACACCAGGAUCCUGUUUGUGGACUUCAGCUCUGCAUUCAACACCAUAAUCCCAGAUCUGCUCCACAACGAGCUCUCCCAGCUGAGCGUGCCUCCAUCUGCAGGUGGAUCACACAGUCUGAGAGGAGGCAGUGGGUCUCCCGGACCCCUCCCACCCUGGGCAUGGACUCUUGGUGCCCCGCCACUUCAUCAGGACCAAAACCUCUGUGACGCCAUAAAACUGCUGCUGCUCAUCGAUGAGACCUUGGAGCCUCUCACUGCACUGAUGGCCCUGAGACACUUUGACUUCCUGUGGACCAUAACUAUCUGCCGCUCUGGUGCCGCUCUGCUGCCGCCCCCUGCCGCAGCAGCGGACGUUAGCAGCAGCUUCUUCCCUGCUCAGAGGUGCUACAGAACCAAGCCAGGACCAGGACCCAGACCCGAACCAGGAUCAGAGCCAGGACCCGGACUCAGAUCCGGAUCAGGACCAGAGCCAGGACCCGGACUCAGAUCCGGACUAGGACCAGAUCCAGGACCCGGACUCGGACCAGGACCAGAGCCAGGAUCAGGACGAACCGAGGCCUGUGGCUCCUCCUCCUCUCUUCCUCUCCUGCGCUCUCUUCAGAUGGAGGACUCGGAGGCGGAGCUGGCGGUGUCGGAGGCCGACGCCCUGGGCGCAGACUUCAUCACGGUGGAGCUGGACACGCAGCCCAUCGAGUACGUGGUGAAGUGGGCCGAGGUCGGGUCCAAGUUCACCAUCUCCUGCGUGAAGAAGGACUCGGAGGACGCCUCGGACCUGCCGGCCGAGCAGCUGAAGAUAGAGACGGACGAGGCCUUCUUCGCCCCGUACGAGGAGGUGUUCCCCUGUGAGGUGACGGAGCAGAGCGUGGAGAUCAAGACGGACUCUGACGAGGAGGAGGAGGAGGAGGAGGACACCGAGGAGGAGCAGGAGGUGCUGGUGGAGGCGGGGAGCAGCCAACUGGACGGCGAGGUUGAUUCGGACCAGGCCGACUUUGAGUCGGACGAGCGGCAGUACCGCUGCAGCUACUGCAGGAAGUGCUAUAGCCACGCCUCCAGCCUGUACCGCCACCAGCAGACGCACACCGGGAAGAACGCCGGUGCACCGCCCCCCCCCCGAGCGGGCGCUGGAGCCGAGUCAUCAGGACGCACGCUACACCUGCCCCCACUGUGGGAUGAGCUUCAAGGGCAGCAGGAUGCUGGGGAGUCACCUGCGGCUGCACGGCAAGCGGCGGAUUCACCCCUGCAACAUCUGUGGGAAGGAGUUCAACCACAGCUCGAGUCUGUCGCGCCACCGCCUCAUCCACAAGAAAGGAAAAGGAAUCCCUAAGGACGCCGCCCUCAGCCCCACUGUGUCCUCCCAGCGCCGUUCGCUGAAGACAGGCAGGAAGAACAAGAAGACCAAGAGGCAGCAGCACGUAGCGGCCGCCAUCGUUCAGAGUCAGGGUGGAGACAAGUUCUACGCCUGUCCGCAGUGUGA